AUGGAACCGAAAUACGAACAGGUGCAAGCUGCGAUCUCAUGGUUUGCGUCUUACGUUCUCCGCACGCUCGCAUGGAUUCUCCCUCUGACCUAUCGGUUUGCGCAGUCGCAUCCCACUAUCACAAACAUACUAGGCUACAUGCUUUCCGCAUACAUCUUGUGGAAAGUUGUAUGCCACCUGUGGGCUAUAAUCAAAAAGCUGCUGCUCGUGGCGGCGGUGCUUUUCUCCGUGCUCCUGUGGUAUAGAGGCUUGCAUCAGGUACUGUCCGUGGACGCGCCUAUUCUCCUCGAAUACCUCCGCAACGACUCGUACCUCCGAGACCGGUGGUCUCAAGCAGUGCGGGCGAUGAACCCUACCUACCUGGGAAUUUACUCACCCUUCUUACUAGGACAACAUCUUCAAGAGCUACGUAAUCGCAGCUUACGAUUUCUGGCCAGCGCCUCUAAUUGA